UAGAUCUGUCAGUCAAUGUUUGUGAUUGUGAUUCAUUUAUUUUGAUUGAAAACAAAAAUUAAAAAUAUGGGUGUAUGGUAUUUGUUCCUCCAGUGUACAAUGUAGUUAAAAUACUAUAAUAUUUUAGGACAAGUAUAUAUUUUUAAGUAUGUAAAUUUAUCUUGUGACCAAAUAACACAAUCAUGCCUCCAAUGAAGGACGCGAACAUUGUAAAAAUUGCGGUGGAAAUGACCGAUCAGGUCCCCCAAUUAAUAGAGUUUAAUCAAAAGCAACCUCUGGCAGGUAUAAUUCAAGAACUGUGCAACGGAUGGAAUCUCACAGAACCAGAACAGUACGCCUUACAGUUUAAUGAAAAUAAUAACAAUAAUUACAUUACAGAAAAGAACAGAAAUGAAAUUAAGAAUGGAUCUGUUUUACGUUUACAAUACUCUCCUUCAAAGACAGCUCAGGAUAUUCUGUUGAAAUUAAACACAGGCAGCCCUGAAGAAAAGGCUACUGCAAUGACUAAGCUCUCUAUACUUAGUGCAGAUAUCACUUUUGCAUUGGAUUUUAUUAAUAAACAAGGACUUACACUCCUUAUAAAACAAAUUGAGGGUGCUAAAUGUAAGGGUACAGUCUUAGCACAUACACUCUUAUCAUUUGUGGAGUUAAUGGAGCAUGGAAUUGUAUCUUGGGAUAUUCUAAAUGGGGAAUUUAUUUCGAGAGUAGCUACUUUUGUAAACACUCCGCAAGAAUCUCAAGUUACACAGGCAGCUUUAUCAAUUUUAGAAAAUGUUGUUCUUAAUAGUACUGAAGGGUAUGGACAGGUAGAACGAGAGAUACCAAUAGGUUCCUUAGUUAGUCAUCUUCAAUCUACUCCAGUUGUUCAACAAAAUGCUGUGGCUCUGAUCAAUGCUCUACUGUCUAGAGCGGAUAUUGCCAAAAGAAGAACCUUGGUAGCUACUCUUACAUCAAAGCAAGUUAGGACUGUUAUUCAAAAUAGUAUUCUUCAAACUGGAGCAGCUAAAGGAAACGAAAUGGCACAUCAAUUGUAUGUGUUACAGACACUUAUGUUAGGACUUCUUGAGCAGAGAAAAAUGACAAAAAUGGAUCCACAGGAUCAAGAUGGACAUGACAAAAUCAAAGAACUGCGUCGAAUAGCUUUUGAAACCGAAGGAGCAACAAGUCUCAGAGGUCCAAGUGGUUUCACACGUGACUACAAAAAAUUAGGUUUCAAAAAUGAUAUCAAUCCUGCCUUGGAUUUCACUGAAACACCUCCAGGUCUUCUAGCUCUCGACUGUAUGAUCUAUUUUGCUAGAACUCAUCCAGAAAAUUACACAAAAUUGGUAUUAGAAAAUAGUUGUAGGGCUGACGAACACGAAUGUCCUUUCGGAAGAGCCAGUGUGGAACUAGUCAGGAUUUUGUGCGAGAUUUUAAAAAUAGGGGAACCCCCUUCAGAACAGUGCGUGACUUACCAACCAUUAUUCUUCACCCACGAUCAUCCAUUCGAAGAAUGUUUUUGUAUCUGCAUCGUUUUACUUAACAAAACUUGGAAAGAGAUGCGAGCUACUGCUGAAGAUUUUCAGAAAGUCGCCAGUGUGGGUCAAGAGCAGAUCGUGCGUGCUCUGGAAACAACUCCUGCAUCUUUAGAUCAGUUCAAGAGCAAGUUGCACACUCUAACUUAUAACGAGAUUACUCAGUUAUGGCAGCUGGAACGUAAUACUAGAGAGGAAUGGGAAUCUCAUGCCAGACCAGUGGUAGAAUUAAGAGAACAGAUUACUCCAGAAAUAAUGGGAUUAAUCAAGCAGCAAAGAUUGGCGUUUUUAGUUGAAGGUACAAGAUUUACAAAAUACUCUCCUCGUGGUCAACGAAUUAAAGAUAAAUUCUGGUACAUGCGCCUGUCUCCUAACCAUAAGGUUCUGCAUUAUGGAGACUGUGAUGAAAAGAGCGCUCCAUCUACUGAAGAACUUCAAUCUAAGAUUGCAGUCUGUGAUAUUAGAGCGUUACAAGUGGGACGAGAUUGUCCGCAUAUGAAAGGUAGAAAAGCGUCGCAUCAGCUUGCAUUUUCUCUUGCGCUUGAAGGCGUGGACUUGCAAUCUCUAGAUUGCGUAGCUCCCGACGAACAAGCAUUAGCCUACUGGACAGACGGUAUAAAUUCUUUGAUAGGCCAAAGAAUGCAAAGUAAAGAAACGGAAAAAGAUCUUGACACUUUGCUCAGCAUGGAAAUCAAACUAAGGUUACUCGAUGCAGAAGGCGUCGCUAUACCACAGGAUCCUCCACCAAUACCACCCGAUCCACCACAUUAUCACUUUUGUUACGAUCUGAAUUAGUGGCUCCGUAAUACCAGUUGGUUGUUAAAUAUAUUUAUUAGUUUUUUUCUAUGUAUUUUAAGAUCUAUUUUAGAGUAUCUAUAUUUUAAAUCGUAUUUAUUUAAUUUUUAUAUCGAAAAUACUAUAUUUAUAAACCAACCACUACACUUUUACUGGAUUUACUAUUCUAUUGUUGCUCUUCCGCAGAUCUUUGAUUGUCGAACUAAGACACGUUAAUUUUUUUAAUUUUGUAACAAAAGCUUAUUAAAAAUAGCUACAUUGAAUUUUAAAUUAUUAAAUAUUAUUUAUAAAAAUCAUUGUUUAAAAUAAUUUACACAAAAAAAAACAAAUACAUUUCAUGAAGAGCUUUUUCUCAGGUGUAGGUACGUCUUAAUACAAACAAUGGGAAAUUUGGCAGGGACAAAUAAAAGAUUAUACUAAAUACUACGACACACAGUGGUUCUAAAUGCCGAAAACAUGGUAAUGAACAUUUAAAAACGUAUAUUGUUUAUACACUUCGGAAUUAAUUUCGUUCUUAAGGGUUUUUGACACCGCUGAUUACGAAUCUGACAUUACUUUUUCUGGAAAACAAAAAUGUUCUUGUCAAAUUUUGUAGUUGAAGGUCGCUGAUUACAAAUCUAACAUUACUUUUUGUUUGGCGAAUGGAUUUAGUGUCCGCAGUCAUAUAAACCCAAACAAACAACAAUACUUUUUGUUAAAACAAAAUGGCGGAUCCAAUAUGACAGAAAGGAAUUCGAAAAUUUUAUUUUAAACGCAUAUUUGUUUAAAAUUUUAUAUUACAAGGGACUUUUGAAAUUCAGAACCUAUUACUUAUGUACAACCGCCCAUACAUACUCAACAAUGGCCAGAAUCAGGUAAUAUGCGUCAUUUCACACUUUUGCAUUCAAACAACAGCCAGAAAUGCAUAGGCAGUUACAGGCAGCUAAACCAAAGUGAUUCUGUAUCUUCUUAUUAUAUAUUUUAAGAUUAAUAAACAUUAGUCGCAGAAUUAUGCAGAAUUUUGUACUUUUUGGAUGUAUCUUUACAGAAUUUUGAUUAUUCAAGUAUAUUUUCAUUAUUUAUGUAUUAACAAAUUUAAGGCGUUUAUUGUUACUAAAUCUUAAGUUAAAUUACACCAUACAUUACUACAUACUUAAAAAAAAGAAGAAUCUGCUUUAAAGCAAUAAAAUUGAUAAACUACAAAACGUUUUACAGCGUUUUAAAUAUACGCGUUCUUUUUCACUUUCUCUGCCUGCCAAAAUAACCUUGGACAGGGCUCACUUGUUCCUGAGCUAUGAAACAGAAUACAUCCAGUUCGAUCCUUAUACCUGCGUAUUACGACUCUACGAUAGUAUGAGAAAACAACUUUAAACAUGAAAAUCCCUAGAUAUCGACUUUUUUUCGCCUUAUGACCACGUUUUCAGCAUGUGGAACAACUGUGCGACAUGACUACUAAGAAAGAUGUUUGGACCAACCCAUUGCAGCGAUGGUUCGUGGAAAAUUAAAAUGAACUAAGAGCUAAAUGAACUAAUGCAGAGCGCAGAUAUUGUUAGAUUUGUAAAUUCACAAAGACUAAACUGUCUUGGUCACUUAAAAAAAUGCCAGAUAAUCGAGCUGUAAAAGUAAUCCAGAGAUGGAAGCCCCAAGGAAUUAAAACAAGAGAGAGGCUACGGAAAAGAUGGAUAGACGACGUAGAGGAAUAUCAGGCCAAGACUCACAAAGGGUUGUAGCACCAUUAGAAGAAGAAGGAAAAAUAGUCACUACAUAUAAAGAAAACCAAAAUAAGUGAGCAAAUCUUGUUGCAGAAUAAAAAUUUCAUAAAAAUUGUACAAAAGAAUUCAAAUUCAAAACAAUAGCUGCUCAUGUUUUUCCAAUAAAAGCAUAUACUGUGGUUUAUAAAUAUAUGUAUUGGUGUUUUAAGGUAUUCUCCUAUUUAUGUAAUUUUAUACACAAACCAAAUAUAGCAUAGGAAUCUGUAUAGCCUAUUUUUUAUAAUGUAAUUUAUGUAUUAUUUUAAUAGAUCUGAGCAUGACUGUACCAUUAGAUUACUGAUUGUCCACAAAUAAUUAUUUAAUUAUUUUGGUAUGAUCAGUAUUAAGGAAUAUUUUAUUUUAAGUUUUAUAUCUUAUGUUAUUCUAUUUUAGGAUCUGAUUAUAUAUGUGUCUGAUUUUGAAUAUAUACCGCAAGAAACA